AUGUCACUUUUGAGCUAUCUCCAAAACGGGUACACUGCUCAUCCGUGGGUAGCCUGGCUCGUAGCUCUCUACCUCCUUACGCCAGCACUCGCCUACGGUAUUCUCCCACGCGUAUUUCCCGGAAACUCCCAUCAAAAACGCCACGUGAUUGUGUGUGUGUUGGGCGAUUUGGGGCACUCGCCACGGAUGUGCUACCACGCGCGCAGCCUCGCGGCACGCGGAUACCACGUGGAUCUCUUGGGGUACGUGGAGGAACAACCGCCAUUAGAUAUCAUUGAUAGCGAGAUGAUCGAUAUCCAUGAGAUUUCCGUGGUCAAAAACACGCGUAACUUGCCUUAUUUGGUGUUUGGCGCCCUAAAGGUGGGGCUGCAGACGGUGGGAUUGUUUAGAAUGCUUCUCGGGCUAGGCCACGCCCAGGCAAUCGUUCUCCAGAAUCCACCUUCGCUUCCAUUGCUAUUAGUUGUGAUUGUUUACAAGUAUUUAGUGCGUUGGGGCGAUUUUCAGAUCGUCGUCGACUGGCACAACUUGAACUAUACUAUAUUAAACUUGAAGUAUCAGAACGUGGCGCAUCCUGUGGUCAGGCUUAUGAAGGGGUACGAAAGGGUUUGUGCUAGGUACGCGGAUGUUCAUUUAACCGUUACCAGGAGCCUCAAGAAGUUUCUCGUGGAUGAGUUUGCCGUGGAAGCGGACAAGAUUCUUGUGGUAUACGACCGCCCAGCAGAGCAGUUUACCCCGUUAGAGGAAUCUGGGUCAAAUUUCCAGAUGUUGACAAAACGGUUUCCACAGGAGUUUAGCGGUGUUCUGUUUGAAAGGGAACCUCGGAUUAUUGUCACCUCCACGUCAUUUACCCCGGAUGAAGAUCUCGGGGUUCUCUUGACAGCGUUGGAGAGAAUGGACCGAAAAGCCCUGCCUUUUACGUCUCAAUUACCCCCUCUUUUGGUUCUUGUUACGGGCAAGGGUCCGCUCAAAGCACAGUUUCUCGCGGAAAUUGCCAGACUAGCCUUCCCAGAGCAAAAAAUCCAGUUCAAGUGUCUUUGGUUGCUGGCCCACGAAUACCCGAUUUUGAUCUCCCAUGCCCAUGUGGGCGUUUCGCUCCACACUUCUUCCCUGGGAAUCGACUUGCCUAUGAAGGUGUUGGACUUUUUUGGAUGCGGUGUUCCGGUGGUUGCGCUAGAUUUCCAGGCGGUCGGUGAGCUUGUUCAUGAGGGAGUCAACGGGCUUGUUGUGGACGAUCCUAGCGGACUUUGCAAGUCAUUGAAGGCGUGCUCUGGAGCGGGAUCGGUCUAUGCUGUAAUUAAGCGGGGGGCGAUGGCGGAGAGUAAACGCAGAUGGGAUGAGAACUGGAACAAGAGCUUGGGUGGUGUUUUCCCGGGGAUCUAA